CAAUCCUUUUUAAUUUUUCCCACUGUAUUCUUUUUUUCCUUUUAUUAUUUAUUCUCCUUAAUUUUUUCCCUCUCUCCAAUUCAUCGCCGAUUUAUUCGAGCUGAUAUGCCGGCGCCGCCGAUUUAGACUCCGAGAAUCUCUCUCUCAGAUCUGUGCUGUCCUUUUCAGCCUCACAACCUGUCUGACACUGAGAUAUGGGUGUCUGAAGGGCUGGUGUCUUUGUUAAUGCAAAAGGACUGGGAGCUACACCAACACUAUAUUUUUUGGUGCCCAGAUGAUUAGAACUGAUGUUAUUGGCCGUGGAAGGAGGAGGGUUCUUCUCUUCUUCAGCUUCUGGGUAUAGCAAGGGCCUGACCCUUCUUCUCUUGGGUCAGAAGCACGAAGAUAAACCCAUGAGAGUUUCUCCGUGGAAUCAGUACCAGUUGGUGGAUAACGAACCAGACCCUAACCUCCAGCUGGCUUCCUUGAAGAACCGGCUUUCCCGCGGGUGCGCUUCCUUUGUUUGCUUUGGUCGCGCUUCCACAGGGCUUGAUUCUCCAUCGCCUCUCAAAGUAGGUCCUGCCCAACAGCAGGAUGUCUUGCCGGAUCCUCCUGUCACUGACAAGGGCAAAGACCAUACAACUGAAGUUCAAGGUGAUAAUUAUGCAAGAAGAGUUGCUCUUAAGAGUAGCUUGAAGAAGCCAUCAAGUAGCAUUCCAGUUCCCGUUGAGGAUUCUAAUCAACACAAUGCAUUGGGUGAAAAAGGCAGUGAUGUACCUGGUCUUACAGAAAGGAGAAAAGUGCAGUGGACGGAUGUUUGUGGGAGUGAGCUUGUUGAAAUCAGGGAAUUUGAGCCAAGUGAAACAGCUGAUUCAGAUGAUGAAUUUGAGAAUGGAAAUGAAAGAAGUUGUUCAUGUGUGAUUAUGUGAUCCAUUUUAUUAGCAAAACAUUUUAUGGGCUCAAUUUUUUCUUGAAAGAGAUGACGUAACAAGCAAAUUGCUACUAACAGAGGUCAUCUGCUUUCUCCAUGGAUCAAUUCAUUUCUUGGUAAAGGGAAAAAAGCAAGUAACUGAGUCGACAGGACAUCACAACGAUGCCAAGGAGCUCUCUGCCUGGACUGCCAUCCCUGUUGGACUGAUCAUUUGUGUCUAUAUUUCAUUGAUGAGGAUUUCAAUUUUGUUGCUAUGAUCUUCUCUUUGCUUUGUUAAAUUAUUUUCUUAAUUUGUGAUUGCCUUGCCCUUUCUCUUUUCCUUUUCAAAUCUUAGGCAAUGUGAUAUUAUUUUUGUCUAAUCAUUGAUAAUUGAUGCAAUUCCUACUGUUUAUGUUAUUUUGACAUCUAAAACAUUUUAUGCUUAUUUAGUUGAACGAUUGAGAGUUUGCUUUCAA